AUGACGAAACGUGAUCCGCUCGGGCAGCUGGAAAGCUUGGAUCUCAUCCACUGUCCAACGGUGGAGUUGCCCGUCCUAAAAACCGGCAACUAUCGCUCACACAUCGUAGGCAUCAGGCGGUGGGAUGCGAAGGUGAUCGUUGUCGGUGGAAUUAAUGCGCCGAAAAAGCUUGCCUGCCUUUGCCUGAACGGUACGAAACGGACGCAGCUGCUCAAGGGGAAGGAUGAUAUGCGCCAGGAUGCGGUAAUGCAGCAGGUGUUCGGUAUAAUGAACAUACUGCUGCGCCACGAUAAGGAAACGGCGCACCGGAAGCUGUCCGUGCGCACGUACAAGGUGGUACCGCUGUCGAGGCAAAGCGGCAUACUGGAAUGGUGCAACAACACGAUGCCGAUCGUGCGUGGUUGCUUUCCGGGCAUGCCAGUAUCGGCCGCAGGACCUGGAACCGACAGCGGCGCGGAAAAAGUUUUCCAAUUACCUGAAGCCGGCGUGUGGUUCGAGCGGCAGCAGAACUACAUCAAAAGUGUGGCCGCCAGCUCGAUGAUCGGGUACGUGCUGGGCAUCGGCGAUCGGCACGUGCAGACAUCCUGA